UCAGUAUAUAUCCAGUAGUUCAUUGUACCUACGACCAUUGGUGCUUAAUGCGGUUCUAAUAACAAUGUGUACCUACAAACAAUAGCUACUACAGUAUUCCAUUUCCAACAGGAGUUUACGUGCUGAUGAUUCUUCAGUAAGGUAUUCAUUAUUUUGAGAAUUUCAACAGAGCAGUUCAACAACUGCAUUGCAUCAUAAUUGUGUUACAAAAUGGAACUCUUUUGUCAGAAUAACCCGUAAACUAAUGAGAGUAAUGAGAUUUUCGUUAUACUGUUAGAUCAUCAGGAAGUAACAAGUGCGUUUGGAAACGGGUAUGAUCAGUCAUCUUGGACAUAUUUAAAACUAGGCCUAUAAUGUCGUAUCGUCAACAGACUUACAAUAAUGCUCAUUAUAACAUGAAUCGAUAUCCCGAUAGGACGACGGGUUCAGGAGAUUUCGGUAUUCCAUAUGUAGCCAACGGUCCAGAAGUAUUUGCAAGAAAUUCCACCACUAGUUUACAUCAAAACGACUACAGAAUAUCACAUAGGGGUCACUCUCAUCGUCUACAUCCGACUAUACCAGAGUUGCCUUACCAAUCUUCUCCGACACCAUCCCCGCCAACCUCGCAACUGAACUUCCGUCCAAAAAAGAUAGCGUCUCGUCCCACCAAACGGCCUCCUGCACCACCGACGUCAUCACUGCACAUAUCCGUACCACAACAAAAUCCACCUCCACCGCCACCACGGCCUCCUGCACCACCGACGUCAUCACUGCACAUAUCCGUACCACAACAAAAUCCACCGCCACCGCCACCUCCUCCUCCUCCACCACCUCCACCACCACCACCACCACCACCACCCCCACCGCCGCCUCCGCAAUUACCAACUAGUGAAGCCCAACAACAAAGCAUGGAAAGCCUUAUAGACGCUGCUGGCCCGCCUGAUUACGAUUCUGAACGUUUCGACUCAGAUGAGACAGACGAUAGCUUCGAAAGUUCAAGCAGUCAGGAGAGUGAGGAAAUAGAAGUCCAAACUCAGACGCAAGAUUUAGAUAACGAACAUAAUGCCGAUGAUGACGACAGUGGAGAUGAUGGUGGUGGGGUCGGUGAUGGGGAUGGAAAUCAAGCAGAUAUUGUUGAUGCUCACAAGAAGAAACAAGAUAAUGAAGGAGGCCAGACCGUCGUUACUCAUGAACCUUCCCCUGGUGCGGAUGAAGCUGAUAGACCACCAGUACGGCACGUCCGCAUUGACGAGCACCAUGACGACUGGCAGAGACGGAGCCAUCGAAGUCAUGUGGAGUGGGAUGAAGUAGAAGCUCCCUGGGCAAGACUAUCACCGAGGCAACUUUCCGGCAGAAGGUUUCAAGACGAAAGGCGACCUCGCUACUCUCCUCCAAGAAAAGAACUAAAGAAAAAUAACAAUAAGCCUACAGGUCGGAGGCAUGAAUACAACAUACGGCAUGAUCUAAACGAAAACUUCAUUGAUCACAGGUUACCAAUUAUAAACCCACUUGCCAUGGAAGUACGUCAACAGGAUAUGAAUCACAAGAGACCAAAACCAAGAGUUUAUCACAUUGACCCCAUGUACAGAGAAGAGCCCUUUCCUUACGCUUACGACCACCGACAAACAAAUCUUCCUCUUAGGCCAUCGAAUGAUAGAAUGUACAAAGAAAAUCUGCACGUCGACACACGGAAUGGCUCGAGGGGCGCAUUUCGCCCCGACCCUAAAAAGGAUGAGGAGCAGACGAAACUUUUGCGAUGUACGGGCUGUUGCGUUAUCGUACUGUUGGCAUUUGCCUUCCUGGUUCUUGUUGCCCUUUCUGCGGUUCUAACGUACUACUUCGUCGUUUUGGAUGAAAACACAACGAAACAUCCAUGUAGCAGUCUACCUGAUAUUGAGAACGGCGCUUAUACAGGCAACACAGAUCCUACAAAUACGUUUGAUGAACGGCAUGCAUUCACUUGCAACAGUGGCUAUACUCCCGAUCCUGACAGUUUGAUGAUAACGUGUGAAAGUGAUUUAACGUGGGAUCACGCACCUCUGUGUUUAGUGCCGAGUGACGGAUUAACGAAUGAAGAAGUGGGUCUUCUUGCAGGCGCAAUCGGAGCCGGAGUCAUUGCACUAAUAUUUUUGAUCUUUAUAAUCUGCAUUGCCUGUUCGAAUAUUUUUAAUUCCCGUAAUAAGCAAUACGUUAUUUAACUAUGUACUUUUCGAAAUAGAACAACUCUAAAUAAAACCGCAUCUCUGAGAAAUCAACUACAUUAUGUGUUUGAGGUAAUCAGGUGUUCUAAUAAAAG